AUGGCGAACGCGUCAACGAGUGAAUCUGGUGCAAGUCAAGCGCAAUCCCUCCAGAUGUCCAAGAACAAACGCCGCGUGUUCAAAGGGCAAAUAACGUCUCUCGGCAACGCGCUUAAAGGGUAUCAAGACUCCGCGAAAGAACGCGUAAAAAUCCGCGAACGCGUCGAGAGGCUGCGAAAGCAAUUCGACAAUUUCAACACGAUACAAGACGAAUUGGGGCUCAUCGAGGGCUUCGAGCAGUCCGAGGCAGAACGCGAAGCAGUUACCGAACUGUAUGAUAACGUCAUCGCUACCGCCAUCUCGCUGCUACAAGAGGUAGAGCAAGCCCCGACGCGGACGACAACGCUGAGAAACGCCGACUCACCCACGUUGUCGACAUCAUCAACCGCGAUCGGUGUCCACCUACCAAAAAUUGACUUACCGAAAUUCGACGGCCGGCUCGAAAAAUGGGUAGCGUUCAAGGAUGCCUUCUCAACGAUGAUCCACGCGCAUUCGGGAUUAUCGGACAUACAGAAGUUACACUACCUCCGACUCUCACUAUCAGGCAAGGCGGAAUCCGCCAUUGAGUCCUUUACCAUCAGCGAGGACAAUUACAAGGCAGCGUGGGAUCAGCUGAACGAAACAUACGACAACACGCGAGCGCUCGUCCUGCAACAUGCCGCGUUGCUUCGCAACACGCCCACCAUGACAGACGACACGGCCGAAUCGAUCCGCGAUAUGAUCAACCAUAUGCAAUCUCAAAUCAGAUCGCUGCAAGCGUUGGGAAGGUCGUGGGAAAACAUAGCCAACGACCUUUUAGCCAGCAUCGCCAUCUCAAAAAUGAGUCCAGGGACGAAGCGAGAGUGGGAGCAGACGCUGUCCGACACGACGAUGCCAAAAAUCGCCGAUAUUUUUCGGCACCUUCGUAACGCGUCCCAUCGGUGCCGGACCGAGAACUCGCCGACGAACACUCCAGUCGCAAUUAAGAAUCGCGCUUCCGCGGCAUCCGAUACGCCGCCGCGGCAAACACCCACGAGAACCUCACCAGCAUUUCCACGGAAAUCACCGACACCUCCCUGGAAAGCGUCAUCGCCACGGACGGCCAGGAGGCAAACCUUCGUUGCAGCAUCCCAAUCGAGCUGCAAAAUUUGCAACACCGGUUCUCACCCGGCCUAUCAAUGCCAGAGAUUUCUGGACAUGGCGGUGAAAGACCGGCUCCAGGCUGCACGCAAAGCAAAUCUUUGCAUCAACUGCCUCCAAGGGGACCACGCCACCGACCAAUGCAACGGAGGGACAUGUCGUGUAUGUCACGGACGUCAUAACACGAAACUCCAUCGAGACGCAUCGCCCCGAGAAGAGGUCAGAAAGACUUGA